ACUGUCACUGUCAUUACUGUAGUCCAAGAUUUUUCUUGGUUCUUUUUUUUGAUGUCAUUGGGGUAUUGUUGAUUAAUUUUUAAUAAUUACGCAUUUCGAGUUAACAAAUCGAAGUAAUCAUUAAAUUACCCUAAUUAGAUUAACAGACCAAGUUUACGUGGUGAACGGGUGGUUGACGCCACUUUCUCCUUGCCUUCGUUACUGCAAUAUAGUUGCAAUAGUAUUGUGUUACACAAACGACAAACUCCUUGAAUUAAAAUGACAAUUGAAGACAAGGACGAGGCUGAAAAGUGCAUUGAAGUGGCCCAAAUAGCCUUCGCCGCUGGGAACGUGGAGAAAGCCGAGAGAUUUCUUCUCAAAGCUGAGAGAUUGUAUCCCACUGCUAAGGCAAAAGAAUUUCUUACGAGAGUCAGGGCCGCCGCGAGUUCUGGAACGGAACGGAAGAGAACGCCGCCGACCAGUCCCUCUUCAAGCAACGAGGAGGUCAGGAAGAGGAGACCCAACCAUCAGCCACCACAGCGGGAGUACACCUCGGAACAGAUUGCAGCCGUGAGACGCAUAAAUACUAAAUGUAAAGACUACUAUGAAAUUCUGGGAGUGACGAAAGAGGCUACUGACUCUGACAUCAAGAAAUCUUAUAAGAAGCUCGCUUUGCAGCUCCAUCCAGACAAGAAUCAUGCUCCAGGAGCUGCAGAGGCUUUUAAGGCAAUCGGCAACGCUGCAGCGGUUCUCACGGAUCCCGACAAGAGGAAGCAGUACGACCUGCGCGGUGAAGAGCCGGUGCAACAGGCGCACGCGCAUCACCAGUAUUACGCGCGCGGGUUCGAAUCCGACCUGACCGCUGAGGAGCUGUUCAACAUGUUCUUCGGGGCUACAGCGUUCCCCGGCGGCGGGCCGGCCGCGUACCGGCGGCGCGCGCGCUCGCCGGCGCCGCGCGAGGCGCACGCGGGGCUGGUGCAGCUGCUGCCCGUGCUGGUGCUGGUGCUGCUCUCCAUGAUGUCCGGCUUCUUCAUCAGCGAGCCGGUGUUCAGCCUCACGCCCGGCGCCAAGUACCCGGUGCCCAGGGAGACUGUCAAUCUGAAGGUCCCGUAUUAUGUUAAGGAGAAUUUCCACACGGACUAUCAGGGAUCGUUGCGGAGACUCGAGAUGGCCAUAGAAGAGGAAUAUAUUGUGGGGCUGCGGCACGCGUGCCAGCGCGAGCGCAACUACCGCGACAGCAUGGCGUGGAAGGCGCGCAACUUCGGCGACUCGCGCCAGUACGCGGACGCGCAGAAGCUGCGCACGCCCAGCUGCGAGAAGCUGCAGUCCUACCACCGGUAGAUGGCGCUGAUCGAUUCGUUAAAACGCGGGGUGAACAUUUUUUUUUUUUGGGAGGGUAGAUGUGUGUUGUGUUUAGAGAUCGGAUAAUCGGAUGCAUAUUUACCUAAACUAUUUUGGCUAAGAAAGUAUGGAGGCGGCUUCUUGCUUUCGGGAUUCGAAUCAUUUUGAAUCCUGGAAAUUUUAUUAUACAAGAAAUUGAAACUUAUUAUUAGGUAUGAUAAACACCUUUAUAAACAUAAGUGAUGAAUUGAUCAUAUUUAUUAAAAAAUUACCUACCUACCGGGAUUCUAGAAUUAUACCGCGUGAUAUUUUAGGUAAAUUUGCAUUCGAAUACAUAAUUAGAACAUUAAGUGUAUCAAUGCCGAAUCCCGGAAUUUUUGAGGUACAGAAGUACGUUCCAUACUAACCCAACACCCCAACUUUAGGUAAAUAUGCAUCCGAAUAUCCGAUCUUUGGUUGUGUUGUAUGUCUUGAGUUUUGUCAGUAGGAAGGGUUAGAGACGCGAUAAAUUUGUUUUUAUUGUUGUUUAUAAAUAUGAAUAAAUAUAUAUGCGACAAAUCACACAGAUUGAGUUAGCCUCGAAGUAAGUUCGAGACUUGUGUUACGAGAUGCUAACUCAACGAUACUAUAUAUAUAUUUUAUCGUGGUCAUAGAAAGACUUAGAAAAUGUAUGAAUAAAUAUAAUAUAUUUUAACAGUUACAUCGAUAAAACAGGAUUUAUGUAAAUUUAUAAAAGAAAGAAGUAUGCAGAGAUCGUGGCAAGUGGAAAGAUGUAGUCUCUGCCUACCCCUUCGGGAGAGAGGCGUGAUUUUAUGUAUGUAUGUAUGUACUGAAGCUUACCUUAAUAACAUCUUUACUAUUGACAAAUUUCAACAUGAAAUAGUUUUUUAUCCAAAAUAAACACAUUUAUUUAAUCCAUUGUGUUAUGUGUAAAAUGGUAAAAGUAAUUGCAGGAACAUAACUUGAUCCAAAAUGGCGACGGGGUGUCUUCAAAUUUACUUACAUCCAAACGUGCACUGCACGGCGGUUUUGGGGUACUCGUUAAGAGGUUAGGUUGAAACCAAAAAUAAAAAAAAUAUAUACAUAUAUUCAACAGUUUUUAACCGCCUCCAAAAAGUAGUAUGUAUGUUUGCCCGACAUUAUCUUGCGUUGUGCUGAACCGAUUUUGAUGCGGUUCGCAGGAAAGUGUUUGUUGCACUUGGUAGAAGGUUCUAGAAAUUUUACCGACUUCAAAAAAGGAGGAUAUCUAUUUGAAAAAAGGAGGAUAUCGAUUUGAGGCGGUUCCCUUUUUAUUUAUAAAAAUUAUUAAGUUAUGCCUUUAGAUAAAUUAAUACAGUGUAAGCGAUACUGAUAAAGAUACGGUUUCGAUCAAAAAUUAUAAUUGGUGGGUUUUUCAUUUGUUUUUCUAUUUACCCGACCGCGACAGAAGGAGGAUAUUGUGUUUAUAGAAAAAUUGUUUCAGCGGUCAGCGGUUAAUAAGUACGGCGGGGUGGAUAGCAAUAAAAUCUAUUUAAAGUAGUAGUAAGGUUUAAAAUCUUUAUUUUUUUUUUUUGAGAUAUGUUAUCACCGUUAUGUCGCAUUAUGCAUUUUCACAAUAAAAUCAUUACCUAUAAACAAACCCAUCCAUUUUGAUUUAGGCAUUUAGCAAGUAGUUAAGUUUGCAUAAUAUUAUGUUAAAAGUCAACUGCGUGGAUAUAAUUUUCAUAUACCUAACGUAAUAUCGCUUUUAUUUUCUAAAUAUAAAUUUGAUAACAUUUUGCCAAAGUAUCAAAAUUACUAUAUUAGUAUCAGCUAAUGUAUUUUUUAAAUUAUUAUAUCAAAUAAUACUUCAAUGUAUUUCGGAAAUGACAUCAAAAAUACGUUGUUUGAAAUUUUUGCCGUGUAUGCGACUUAAAGACAAGAAUUAAUCUGAAAAAUUCAAAUAAGUACCUAUAUCUAUGCAUUUAAAAAAAACGGCGAAUUUACUAAUAAAAAAAACUAAAAAUAUUAUCCUACCAGAUUAUAUAGAUCCCUAGCAAUAGCAAGCGAUGCGAACUUGUAUUUGACCGGAUUUUAUAAAUAAUCGUGUAUGUUUCGCAAUUCCUAGCUUAAUUAUAUCACUCUCGAACAAUGAACGCACUUAGUUCGUGUACCUACUAUAUUGUUAUUAUUUAUUAAAUGUUUAUUUUUUAGCGUUAAACAUACAGGGAAAAAUUACUAGACAAAGAGGUGUCACUAGUACCGAUAUUGUAGGGAGUUCAGUAAGCUUUUGGCGGGAACUCAAACGUCAUGUUGUUUAUGCUGUAAUUUUUUUUUUUCAAAAUAUGUUUUCGAUCGACGAUUAAUGAUUUUUAAGUGUGGAUUAUUGAUUAUUCUGUCUUAGUGGACAAGCAUGAGUGUUGGAGUGUUACAAUAACAAAAUUAGUGACAUUUGAUGUUUUUGUAGACCUAUAUAGUAAUAAGAUGUAUAGUUUGUUAUAAGGGCUGACUAAAACUCGACACUGGCAAUAAUAAGCUCAUGAAGAAGUUUGAUUGCUACAACGAAGAAAAAAUACCUAAUUCGCGUAUGUAUAUGAUACCAGAGUAUCAGGCUACUUUCGUGGUCACAGGUCAGUCUUAAAACCUCUGUCAGAGUAAAGUUUCCUGUGUGUUUACGCUUCAAAAAGGUUUUGUUUAUCGACACGAAAUAAAGUUAUCAAAAAUU